UCCAUGGUUUUGGUUUUAAUUUAUAGGUUAUGUCCGUUACGCUAGUAUCUUCAGACUGUUUCUACGUAGGGCUCAGGAUGUGCACUCGGUGGCUCGGUGCAGCCACAAGAUCAAUCAAUAAACAAUGCAUUCUGCUUGAUGCUAGUAGAACAACUGGCGCAUCAUUUCCAAAUGAGUUUCACACGACUGCAACAAAGGCUACAAACUCAUCAAAACCUUCGCAUUGGCUACAGUAUAACAAAAAGAUUUACCCCCCUCAAGCUCCCGACGAAGAACCAAGAAAAGCAUUUGUUUGCCACAUGAAAUCAAACAUCAAGUACCCUCCUAAAAAAAUGUGGUACGUAGCUGUACUCGUUAGGGGAAUGACUGUCGAUGAGGCUGUAAAACAAUUGAGUUUCGUUUUGAAAAAAGGAGCUGAGGCUGUGAAAGAAACUAUUCUCGAAGCACAGCAGAUGGCUGUGGAACAACACAAUGUUGAAUUCAAGAGUAAUCUGUGGGUUGCUGAAUCCUUUGUUGGCAAAGGAUUAGUGAUCAAGGGUCUUCGAAGACACGCCAGGGGCCGGCCAGGUGUGAUACACUACAGGUAUUCUCAUUACUACGUCAGAUUAGAAGAGGGAAAACCACCUGAGAAUUACUACCUUCCGGCACCGAAAAGCAAGCAAGAAAUGCUCGAUGACUGGCUAACACAAAUGCGAAAACGCAAGAUCACGUCUUCUCUAUGAACUCACAGAUUAAUCAUCAAUCAGCAUAGAACCUAUGUAAUAAUAAAGAUAAUUUCUUCACACUGA